AUGACUGUAGCACGGAGCGCAGCUCUCAAGCUCGACUGGGCGAAAGUGUUUACAUCCCUCGGACUCCGGGGCCAGACCGCUGCCUCCCUCGCCGCCUUCAAGAAGCGCAACGAUGACGCCCGCCGCAAGGUGCAGGUUCUCUCCGACCAGCCCCAAACGGUCGACUUCGCGCACUACCGCAGCGUGCUGAAGAACCAGGCCAUUGUCGACGAGAUCGAGAAGCACUUCAAGUCGUUCACUCCCUCCACUUUCGAUGUCAACAGACAGCUCAAGGCCAUCGAGGCAUUCGAGGCUCAGGCGAUGAAGGGCGCGGAGGAGACGAAGGACAAGGUUGAACUUGAAUUGCAGAGUCUCGAGAAGACGUUGGCGAAUAUCGAGACGGCUAGGCCGUUUGAGGAUCUUACGGUCGACGAUAUCAGCAAGGCUCGACCGGAUAUCAUCGAGAAGACCUCCCAGUUGGUCUCCAAGGGCAAAUGGAUGCCACCCGGAUACAAGGAACGAUUCGGGGACAUUUCCUUCAUGUGA